GCUGAACAAGAGUCACAAGGCAGCACAAGAUGCGGAGUACCCGGCCUACGGAGUAACUGGCCCCAACAAGGACCUCUCACCUUCUUCAGGGGACCGUAAACUGGCUCAGUCGGCCCACAUGUACCACUACCAGCACCAGAAGCAGCAGAUGAUAGCCCUUGAGAAGUCGUCGGGAGGAGAGCGUCACGGGUCAACCUCAGACGUGGACUCGGAGGAGGAGGGCGAGGAGAAUGAGUACACGGUGUACGAGUGUCCUGGCCUAGCCCCGACUGGCGAGAUGGAGGUGAAGAACCCCUUGUUUCACGACGACCCGACACCCGCCACGCCCUCUAUGAGAAAGGAGGCAGAGAAAGAGGAAGAAGAGGAAGAGGAGGAACAGAAGGCUAAAUGAGCGGGAAGGAGGAGAGUGGAAGGAGAAUUGGGUGGAAGUGUUUUAAGCCUGUCUAAAGAUAUAUAUACUGUAUACAUAAAGAAAACUCGUAUUGAAAAUAAAGAUGCAGGAAUUUUUCUCGCGAUAGGGAGCACAACUUGAGGCAAGAAGUGAAAAUUGAGAAAAAUUGGUCCAGGAGGAACUGGUGUGAUAUAGAACAGGUUUUAAGAAGAGGAACUGGUUUAUCAUGGAGCAGUUUUAACGAGAAGAACUCUUUUAACAAGGAACAAAUACAGCAAGAAACGAAAGAGUUACUGUAUACCAAAAAAUCUCUUAUAACAUAAACAUAUAACUUGAAGGGCUUCGAACUCAAAACAUUUAAAAAGUGUAAGAAUAUAUUUACAGCUAACAAAAAAAACCAAAGGCAAUUAGAGAGUACUACUGAGGAGUUUAACACAACCUGGAUUUAUGUACCAAAAAAGACUUGAUAUAAACAGUAGAAUGGGACACGUACAGAGAACAGCACUUACCUGUGUUCCUUCAGUUUGGUCUUGGCAUUAAAUUUGCAGUGAUACGUUAGUUAGAAAGUAAUAAUUCAUGAAGAGAAGUGACAAGACGUGGUGGUUGGUAUAAGAAAAUUAAUAACUUACAUUCAGACAGAUCGCGUGUGUGUGUGUGUGUGUGUGUGUGAGUGAGAGAGUGAGAGAGUUUCUGCGGCCACCAUUCCCACAUACAGUAGUUUGAAGAUUGCGUGUCUAUGAAACCAACACUAGACGCCGACUUAAGUUACUGCCACAUAUAGGAAACCAUUACAAAAGAAAAACGACUAUAAAAAAUUUUAAAAUAUCUAUUAAUUCAAACGAAUAUAAUAUAAAUUAAUUAGAAAAGGUAAUGAAAUAAUUAUCUAUGUGUGUGUCUUGAUUAUUGGAGAUAUUUAAACACAAGUGGCUGUAUAAGUAAUUUUGCCACGAAUGUAUACACUGACAUAAAACUGUUAUCUGUACCUAAUGCAAAGUUUGUUGUACUUAAAAAGAGUUAUAUUUAUGCUAAGGGUUAGGUUAGAGUAAUGAAAACUAGAUACCGUAUAUAUACACCUAUAUUAUGAUGUUACUAGUACAGUAUAGUGAAAACAUCCAUUAUAUCAAACUAUAGAGCAAACAUCCAUUAUGUGAAACUACUGUAUCGUGAAAAUAUCUAUUAUAUGUAACUAUAGUGAAAACAUCCAUUAAGUGAAACAAUAGGAACAGUUCCACGGAGCGAUCAGUGAUGAGGUAGAAUGCACACACCACCUCAGAGCAGCCUGGUCUUCAUACAGUACUUAGUUUUCUGUUCUAUAUCAAGUUAAUUCGCUCUCUCAUCCCUUAGUACAAAAGUAAACUGGAGGUAAUGGAUGCGUUAGUGUUUCAGUAUUAGUGUAGUACAGGAUACUUCAUCUGGUCUAAAAUGACAAUAUUUCUUUAUAUAUCAUGCAUUUUUUUUUU